GCGAUCGCAGAGGCUGCUGGGAUUUGUAUUUCCUCCCCUCUCGUGUACUGGUCGGGUAGGAAAAGACAUGGCUGGGAUCGAGCUACUCUCUGAUCAGGGCUACAGAGUGGAUGGCAGGAAGCCGAACGAACUGCGUAAAAUACAAGCCCGAAUGGGAGUGUUUAGCCAAGCCGACGGAUCGGCGUACAUCGAGCAGGGCAACACGAAGGCGCUAGCGGUGGUAUAUGGGCCGCACGAGAUUCGAGGUUCUCGUAGCAAGAGCCAACAUGACAGAGCCAUCAUUAACUGUCAGUACAGCAUGGCCACCUUUAGUACUGGUGAGCGGAAACGUCGACCACAUGGAGAUCGUAAGUCCAGUGAGAUGACUCUUCACCUCAAACAGACUUUUGAGGCAGCCAUAUUGACACAGCUGUAUCCACGAUCACAAAUUGACAUUUACGUGCAGAUUUUGCAGGCUGAUGGGGGCAACUACAGUGCAUGUGUCAAUGCUGCUACUCUUGCUGUGGUGGAUGCUGGAAUUCCACUGCGGGAUUAUGUAUGUGCCUGUUCUGCAGGCUUUGUUGAGGACACACCACUAGUGGACUUAAGCCAUUUAGAAGAAUCAGCAGGUGGCACCCAACUCUCCCUUGCUGUGUUGCCCAAGGCUGAACAUCUAGCUUUGAUAGAGAUGGACUCUCGACUACACCAGGAUCAUCUUGAAAGUAUGAUGGAUGCAGCUACACAGGCUUGCAAAGAUCUUUAUGCUGUUCUAGAUCGGGUAGUAAGGGACCACCUUCAAGAAGUGACCACAUCAAUAGGGGAGUGAAAAUGCACUGAGAAUGAGUAUAUGGACUCGCUUGAACCAAGAUAUUCUCCUUAAUAAACACUCUCUCUAAUGAAUUAUCUUAAAAUACCUUUGUAAUGGUCUAUAUCCAGAGACAUAUGGAACUGUCUGCAUAAUUUGCUGUCUCUUGAGAAAUAUGUAGUGACUACUGAGUGAAAUUAAGAGCACUGCUGCCCAGGUAUGUUCUGAUUCAUCUUUCAACAUUAUGCUUUGUGUUCAUGGGUUAUUGUUACCCAUAACUACAAAACGAGAAUGUUCUUCUUUUAUGUGAUUGUCUUUUGAACAAGGCUAUUUUUAGUUGAUCACACAAUCUUUAAAAUGACUUUCCAUUCUACCAUGUAUGGGUUUUCUCUGCAAAGUUCUUUGCGGGAUGGUUGUUUCUCAGAUGUUGCUCACUUGUCAACAUGGACAUUUGAUACAUUUCUUGUUUGGUCAGAUUGUUGUAGAUUUUCAUUAAUGAUUAUUGUUAGUAUAAUAUUUAAAUCUGUACUUGCAGUUUUUUUUUUUUAGGCUCAGUGUCAAAAAGUAUAAAUCUGAUUAUUCUGAUACAUAUUUUCAAAGGGACAAUUCAAGUGAGUUAGGUAGAUUAUAAUAUACCAUAGUACUUAAAUAAACUAACUAAUCUGGCAUCCUCAUGCCAAUAUUGUGUAAUGAACUGCUUACGCAGUUGACUGUGGUUUUUUUUUUUUUCCCCCCCAGCACCACAGUCACAGUGGUGCAGUAGAUACAUACUUAACCCGAAUUAUUUUUGCUAAUUAUUUUUAUUGCUUUGGAUUUUAAAUAAUAAACUGUAUUUUCACACA